CGCCCACGCUAAAUAAACCCGUCGACUGUAAUCCUCGCUGUACACCGCGGAAUCCUCUGCGGUUAUUUUUUUCUGUCUCACCACAAAUUCUUCUCGUUUAAAGCAAAGACAUGGACAACAGUGGGAAAGAGAAGGAGGCGGUUCAGCUCAUGGCCGACGCUGACAAAAAAGUCAAGUCGUCCGGCUCCUUUUUGGGAGGGAUGUUUGGAGGAGGACCUCAAAAAGUGGAGGAAGCCUGUGAGAUGUACUGCAGAGCGGCAAACAUGUUCAAGAUGGCCAAGAACUGGAGCGCGGCUGGAAGUGCGUUCUGCAAGGCGGCACGUCUCCAUAUGCAGCUGCAGAACAAGCACGACUGCGCCACCAGUUUCAUUGAUGCAGGAAAUGCCUACAAGAAGUCUGACCCCAAUGAGGCAAUCAAGUGUUUAAAUGCGGCCAUCGAUAUAUACACAGACAUGGGAAGGUUCACCAUCGCGGCCAAACACCACAUCAACAUCGCGGAGAUCUACGAGUCCGAACUGGUGGAUAUUGAGAAGGCAAUUGCACAUUAUGAACAAGCAGCAGACUACUACAAAGGGGAAGAAUCCAACAGCUCUGCCAACAAGUGUCUUCUGAAGGUGGGGGGCUACUGUGCUCAGUUGGAGCAGUACCAGAGGGCCAUCGAGAUCUACGAGCAGGUCGGAGCCAACACGAUGGACAACCCGCUGCUGAAAUACAGCGCCAAGGAGUAUUUCUUCAAAGCCUCGCUGUGUCAUUUCAUCGUGGACGAGCUCAACGCCAGGAUUGCUGUUGAGAAAUACGAGGAGAUGUUCCCGGCUUUCUCAGACUCUCGAGAAUGCAAACUGUUGAAGAAACUUCUUGAUGCUCAUGAGGAACAGAACAGCGAAGCUUUCACCGAGGCUGUGAAGGAGUUUGACUCGAUCUCCCGUCUGGACCAGUGGCACACGACCCUCCUGCUGCGCAUCAAAAAGACCAUCCAGGGCGACGAAGGGGAUUUGAAAUGAAAGACAGCCGGAGGUCACAAACUCAACAUGGAGGGACAAACCCAUCACGCAUGCUCUCACACACACACACACACGCGCACACACACACACGCGGCUCUCAGUGUUAGCAUCUGGAGAUGAGUGUCUGCUGAUGACUUUGAAUAUUCCACUGCUCACCUGUGUGACCCCCCCCCGCCCUCACCUCUGUCCAGAGGAUUGCUGCAUACGUCGUCCUGGGCUCUUCAGAGCGGUACGUUGUGUUCAAACCGGCGUUGGACAACAAGCACUGCAUGUUUUGUACAGUUAAGGCUUAACUAGUCUGAUGCAGUUCAGUAGUUUUUCUUUUUCUAAAUCUAGUUUUAUGUGUAUUUAAACAGUUUGUUCUACACAGGAUCAUCAUGUGUGGAAUUUGAGAAUGUUUCUUAACCUUUGUUUUGUGGUUUGUCGCCCAAAUCCAUGUCGUGAUUGUUCUUUAAACUAAAGUCAUUACAGCCACACAGACAUAUUUAGUGUCCAUUUUGUGGGGACAAAAUGGACAGACUCUUCUUAAAGAAGGGCACCGAUAUGCACCAAGUGUAGACUGUUAAACGCUUGUAUCAUUUCUAUUAACUUUGGGAUUUGUUGAUGUAAUAAUACUUUGUGUGAACCUGUACGUUGUGACUUAUAGUUUGCUUGUGGGGGGGGGGGGGCAGCAGGGGGCCCGCUUUUGAAUGAAAAGCACUGAUGUGAAAAUGAGGACUCGUUGUCUCCGGGGCAGUAAUCUCUGGAUAAGUUGCAUCAUUAGUCACUCAUCUCGUGCCGGGACGUGAACGUCCCAGCGAAGGGUUCCUACGCCGGUCGCUAAGCAUGUCGUUGUGUAGAGAUUAGCGUCGUUCCAUUCACUAGCGUGAGACAGACCAAAGGUUUUACCAAAGGGGCCGUCGCCCUGCGUGUCCAGCUUCUUCCUCCUGAAGGGACGGCGGUGGACUGGAUGGGAGCUGCGUGCUAGUGGACAGUAAUAAAGAUAUUAUAUCCCGG